UUUUUUUGCAAACUUUGAUGGGCGUGUUACUAUUUGUUCUGACAUAUGGGAGGAUGAUUUUCAUCAUUUAUAUUAUUUGGAUCUGACUGCACAUUAUAUUGAUGAGGAUUGGAAUAUGCAUAAACGUGUUCUUGCUUUUCGUGAAUUUAAUGAUCGUCACACCGCUGAACAUAUUUAUAUUUUGAUUGAGCGUAUUUUAAUUGAGUAUAAUUUGAUUGAUAAGGUGUUUGCUAUUGGUUUCGAUAAUGCUACUAGUAAUACUGCUGCUAUACCUAGAUUGCGUGAAUUGUGUGGUGCCAAUACUUUGAUGGAUAGAUUUUUUUAUCAACGCUGUGCAUGCCAUGUUAUAAAUUUAUGUGUGCAAGAC